AUGGAGGAUAUCCCGAUAGUGCGGGAGUUUCAGGAUGUGUUUCCAGCUAACCUACCAGGUAUGCCACCGGAUAGGGAGAUCGAGUUUGUGGUACCCCUUUUGACAUCAUUGAAGAUAUCAUCAAUGUUGGAGAAGAUUACAUCCUUGAAGGUGCAAUCGAACAUAGUUUCGAGCGAAAUUCACUCACUAAAUUUUGACCCAUCUUGCCCUUACCAAUUGGCGUUCUAUCUUGAUGAUGGCUGGUCUGGUGUGCUCAACAUCAAUACUCUUACAAUAACACACAUGCACUGCCCUCCUCCUGCUUGGUUGGAAGGUGUGGAUAUGUCACUGUCCCGAAGCACAAGAAAACCAUCUUGGCUCCCAACGUGCUCGAUCUAUGCAGUCGGAUCUUUGAGUGGUGCUGGAAUAUAUCUUUUGGAUUUCCGGCCUAAUGCAAACUCAGCAUGCCAUGUCGACUUCGAUGAGGAACAAGAGAGCAAUUCGAAGGGUCACAUAGGAACAAUUCAAAACAAGUUUGUUCCUGCAUCUCAAAAUGUGGUAGCUUGUGCUACUCACCCCCUUAAUGGCACCCUAAUUUCUGGAACUAAGGUCAGGCUCUACAAAUCUAUACUAUCAAGAUAAAACAAAUGGAGUUGACUUUCUAAUCACAGUAGAAAUUUGUUUCUUCAUUGCUCGUACUUUCUCAAAAGCGAAAGAGCAGUCCAUGAAGCUUGUAGGAAAUUGGGUUCCGCAUUUAAUAUUAAGUGACCAUUAGGCUUUUAAACCACCAGUUGUCAACCAAACAAAUAUUCGACAAUGUAAUUAGCAGUGGUUCGGUGAUAAGGUGACAGGAACGAUGCGCCAUCAAGAGAAUUUCAUGCCAAGUCAUCUGAAGUUUGUAGAAAACCAGAAGAUAAUGCUUACAUCCGACGUUGCAAUACAUGCCCAAAAACAUUUCAUAACCCUACUAUGAUUUUGCAAGAGCAUUUUACAGCUGAGUGUCACUUCUUACUCGG